GUUACCUUCCGCACUUGCACUGUCUUCUCCUUCCCUCCCUCGCCUCCUCCAUCCCGUCCCGCUCGCGAUCUCGCGUCCUCCCUACCGUCCCGCCCACCGCCUCUCCGACGAGCGAGAGGCCGGGCGGCCGCGCGUCCAGGCCCGCUCCUCAUCCCCGCCCCUCGAGCCGUGGCCACCCUCCUUGCGGCCUCCCCGACGUCGCAAUGCCGCUGCGGUUAGAGAUCAAGAGGAAGCUCGCGCAGAGGUCGGAGAGGGUCAAGUCCGUCGACCUGCAUCCAACCGAACCAUGGAUCAUGUCAAGCCUUUAUUCUGGCAGUGUCUGCAUCUGGAACUACCAGACGCAGACAAUGGUGAAAUCUUUUGAAGUCAGCGAGUUACCAGUUCGUUCGGCUAAAUUUAUUCCACGAAAGCAAUGGGUUGUGGCUGGUGCCGAUGACAUGUUCAUCCGUGUGUAUAACUAUAAUACUAUGGAUAAGGUGAAGAUGUUUGAAGCUCACACUGAUUACAUUAGGUGUGUGGCUGUUCACCCGACCCUGCCUUAUGUGUUGUCAUCGUCAGAUGACAUGCUCAUAAAGCUCUGGGACUGGGAUAAGGGCUGGAUGUGUACUCAAAUCUUUGAGGGCCACUCUCACUAUGUCAUGCAAGUCACAUUUAACCCCAAGGAUACAAAUACUUUCGCCAGUGCUUCCCUUGAUCGUACUGUAAAGAUCUGGAGUCUUGGUUCACCUGAUCCUAACUUCACAUUGGAUGGUCAUUCAAAAGGUGUGAAUUGUGUUGAUUACUUCACUGGUGGUGACCGGCCAUAUCUAAUUACUGGCUCUGAUGACCAAACUGCGAAGGUUUGGGAUUAUCAAACAAAGAGCUGUGUUCAAACACUUGAAGGACAUGCCCAUAAUGUCUCUGCUGUAUGUUUCCAUCCCGAGCUUCCAAUAAUAAUGACAGGUUCAGAGGAUGGAACUGUUCGUCUAUGGCACUCAACUACCUACAGGCUUGAGAAUACACUUAACUAUGGCCUUGAACGAGUUUGGGCAUUAGGUUACAUGAAGGGCUCACGGAGAGUUGUGAUUGGAUAUGACGAAGGAACAAUAAUGAUAAAGAUUGGCCGUGAAGAACCUGUUGCUAGCAUGGAUAGCAGUGGUAAAAUCAUAUGGGCCAAGCAUAAUGAAAUUCAAACUGUUAAUAUCAAGGCAGUUGGCGCGGACGCUGAGAUCGCAGAUGGAGAACGUCUACCAUUGUCUGUAAAGGAGCUGGGAAGUUGUGAUCUUUACCCACAAAGUUUAAGACACAAUCCAAAUGGGAGGUUUGUUGUUGUAUGUGGAGAUGGAGAGUACAUUAUCUACACAGCGCUAGCAUGGAGAAAUAGAUCCUUUGGGUCUGCUCUUGAAAUUGUCUGGUCAACUGAUGGAGAGUAUGCUGUAAGGGAAAGCCCAUCAAAAAUAAAGAUCUACAGUAAAAACUUUCAGGAGAGGAAAAGUAUAAGACCAGCAUUCUCUGCAGAACGUAUACAUGGCGGAGUGUUGCUUGCGAUGUGUACAAAUGACUUCAUUUGUUUCUAUGACUGGGCAGAGUGCAGGUUGAUACGUCGAAUUGAUGUGAAUGUAAAAAAUGUAUAUUGGGCUGACAGUGGUGAUUUGGUAACAAUAGCAAGCGAUUCAUCAUUCUACAUUUUGAAGUACAAUAGGGAUAUAGUUUCUUCUCAUCUAGAUGGAGGGGCUUCAGUUGGUGAGGAAGGCGUGGAAGAUGCCUUUGAAUUGCUUCAUGAGAUAAAUGAACGUGUCCGUACUGGGUUAUGGGUCGGAGAUUGUUUCAUAUACAAUAAUUCUUCAUGGCGGCUAAAUUACUGUGUUGGAGGAGAGGUUACUACAAUGUUUCACUUGGAUCGGCCUAUGUAUUUAUUAGGAUACCUGGCUAACCAAAGUCGUGUAUAUCUAAUCGACAAGGAGUUCAAUGUGGUGGGUUAUACUUUACUACUCAGUUUGAUUGAGUACAAAACACUUGUGAUGCGUGGGGAUUUGGAACGUGCAAAUACCAUUUUACCAUCCAUACCAAAGGAACAACACAACAGUGUGGCACAUUUUCUUGAAUCACGUGGCAUGUUGGAGGAAGCCCUUGAUAUAGCGACUGACCCUAAUUACAGAUUUGACCUGGCUGUGCAGCUUGGCAGCCUGGAAAUUGCAAAGGAAAUUGCUGUUGAGGCGCGAAGUGAAUCAAAGUGGAAGCAGCUGGGGGAACUUGCUAUGUCCACUGGAAAGCUAGAGAUGGCAGAAGAAUGUCUGCUUCAAGCUACAGACCUUAGUGGGUUAUUGCUUCUAUAUUCAUCACUUGGAGAUGCUGAAGGGAUAACAAAACUGGCGUCCAUGGCUAAAGAGCUAGGAAAGAACAAUGUUGCUUUCCUUUGCUUGUUUAUGCUAGGCAAAUUGGAAGAAUGCCUUCAACUGUUGGUUGAUAGCAACCGUAUUCCUGAAGCAGCAUUGAUGGCACGAUCAUAUCUUCCAAGCAAAGUUUCUGAUAUUGUUUCAAUAUGGAAAAAGGAUCUUCAGAAGGUGAACUCCAAAGCUGCAGAAUCUCUGGCAGAUCCUGCCGAGUACCCAAACCUGUUUGAGGACUGGCAGAUUGCUCUCAGUGUAGAAUCUACUAUUGCUCCCAAGAGGGGUGUCUAUCCACCUGCUGAGGAGUACAUGACUUAUGCGGAGAGGCCCAAUGAGAGCCUUGUGGAAGCUUUCAAAAGUAUGAAUGUGGAAGAAGAGAUACCAAGUGAGAAUGGAGAUCCUGCUCAUGAGGUCAUUGAGGAUGAUGGAGUCGAGGAAAGUCAGGAGGAUGCCGUUGAAGUUGAACCCGAUGGUUCAAUAGAUAGUGGUGUUCUUGUGAAUGGGAAUGAUGGUGAGGAACACUGGGGUAUGAACAAUGCAGGAACUUCAUCAGCAUGAAAACAGUAGUUGUGGAAGUUGCUAACUCCUGACCAAUAGUAGAGAUUACGACAGCAUUCUGCACCAGCAUUUUGGUUGUUUUGUGUAAAGGUUGCCACAUGUUCAGAGUUGAUAGUCAUGUAAAAGAAGUUCCUCUCCAUUUGUACAAGACAUUGUGCGUGGUCUAGUAUUGAGCAUACAGGAACAGUCCAUGACAAUUAAGUAGCACUUUGGUUUAGAUAACAAAUUUUGCAAUUCGAUUCUUUUUGGGUAGGGUUUUAAAGCUUCAUGGCAUUGUAGAUUCCGGUAUGUUAUAGAUUGCCCUACCCUUAUAUAUUCACCAUAUGUUAAUACUGUCAUUCUUCUGAGGUUGGAAUUUGUUCACCAGCAGAUGUGCUGCACCCAUGUAUUUUGGUCCAAAUAAACCGUCUCAUAUUUCUUUCUCAGUUGAUCACCU